AUGUUGAUAAGGUCAAAACCGUGCCGCUGGGAAUUCGGAUACCUGAAAGAUCCCAACCGGGUCCAUGUUCUUGUCCAAGAUGGAAAUCGAGCGCGAAUUGUGCAGUGGAACGAACUUUGCAGCAACCCAGAACUCUGUCGAAAAGCUUUUCCUUUAGAACCCGGCGAGGAGAAACUGAAGGAAUUGAUAAAAUCUAUGGAAGGUCAGGCCCACGCCCACGAGACCAUGGAGGCCAUUGCUGCCAUCGCAAAAGUUUGCGCAGCUGCAGAUCUAGUGAGGAUGCAAGAACAGCAGGCAUGGUGUGAGCUGCCUUUGCGUCAAAUGUCAUUGGCUUUGGCAGAAACUUUUCCCUGCGAGAAUUCAGUGGUCAUUCGCGCUAAAAUUUCUUUGCUGAAGGUUUUGAUUGAAACGGGUCAAACAGAAUACGCACUCGGACUGGGGGAGGAACUUUUGAAAAAAGAGGAUGGAUGUGGAUGGCCAAAAAAUGAUCCAGACAGGUUAAGACUUUUGAACAAUCUCGGCGCAGUUUAUAUCAGCUUGCACCGUUUCCGAGAGGCACACAAGGCCUUGGAAGAAUGCAAGGAACUUGCUGAGAAAAGCCGCGAUGAUUUACAAGUGGCAAGGGUCUUGAACAACUUGGGACUGGUAUUUCAAGAGCAGAACAGAGACGAGGAAGCAAAGGAAUACUUGGAAAAGUGCCGCAGUUAUUUCACACAAUAUUUCGAACAACAAAAUCCAAACCUCUCGAAGUGUCUAAAAGACCUUGGAGAUGCAGAUGGGACAGAGGAAGCAAAAAACAUGGGAGAUUGGCUCAAAGAAAUAGGUAAAGAGUAUCCAGAGGUGGCAACAUGUUUGAACAACCUUGGCAUUUCAUAUGGGAAGCUGAAGAAUUCAGUUUCGCAAAGAAAGACAUAUUACGAGCAUUCAAUUUCGCAAAGAAAGAUGUAUUACAGUGCCUGGAAGAUUCACUUGGCGCAUCUUGGCAAAGACCACCCGCAUGUCGCAUUCGUUUUGAACAAUAUGGUUGCGAGUAUGGUUGAAGAACACAAAAAGUCCGAAGAGUGGGGCGAAGCGGAGGAGACAUUGAAAUCGUGUCUCAGGGUUCAGGAGCAGCAUUUUGGUAAAGACCAUCCAGCAGUGACUCCGGUGAUGUCAAAUCUGGGAGUUUUUUAUGGCGAAAGACGCAAGCACGAGGACGAGAAGAUCUGGCUGGAGCGAUGCUUGGAGAUACAGAAAAAACAUGAAGAAUAUUUGAAAGAACAUUUGAAAGAACAGUUUCAACCAGAUGACAAAAACAUUGCUGUGACAUUGAGCAACCUCGGAAAUGCUUGCCGUAGUUUGCAUGAGCGUGGAGUCGACCAAGACCAUCAUAACCGUGAUCAAGCUCUAGAGAAUUAUGACCAGUCUUUGAAGAGACGUGCAAGGUUCAUCCUGGCAAAACAUCUGGGCACGGUGGCAAUGUGUAACGACAAUUUGGGUGACGCGCCGUUUGCAAAAAAUUGGCUACAGCGGUGCAUGCAGAUUGAGAAGCAGGAGUGGGGGUCAGAUCAUCAAGAUCUAGUGCCAAUUAUGACCAAGAGUGCGCAAAUCUACAUAGAUUUGAAGGAUUAUGAUCAGGCAAGAGAUUUGCUAAUCGAGUGUUUGCAGUUGUAUGAACACAGAUUUCCAUCAGAAUCAGCAGAUAGUCCACAAAUUGGAGAAUGUUUAUACAAUUUGGGGACAGUGGCUAUCCUCCGUGAAGACUAUGCCCAGGCAAAAACGCUAUUCGAGCGUUGCCUGAAGGCAUAUGAGAACCAUCAUGACGGUUCUGAUUCGAACGUGGAGGAGACUUUGAAACACCUUUCUCUCAUUUACAUAAGGUUGAAGGACCAACGCGCAAUAGACACUUUCAACCGCUGCAUUCAAAUUCAGGAAGACUGUCUUGAUGGUGCACAGCACGACUUUGUGCGAAGAUCGGCAGUAGAAUUUGAAGGUGUUGGUGACUACGAGAAGGCAGAGCAGCUUCUGAAAAGGUGCUUGAUGAUCGAGAACCAAAAUCCUGGAGAGCUCAUGGAUACAAUGGGGCGGUUUGUAAAAGUCUAUGAGCGGAGCUUGCUCCCAAACAAGCAACUUCUUCAACGCUGUUUGAAAAUUGAAAUAGAAUGUUUUGGAGAAUCCAGAACAGAAACUCUGAAGAAAUUUGUUCUCCGUUUCUGUGAUUUGCCAAAGGGCAGCUUAGACCAGCUGGCAGAGAGUUCCUUGGAGAUGAAGGAGGAUAUCUUUGGCAAGGAAGAUGUCCAACUUACAGUAGAGCUGAAAACCCUGGCAAAGGAGUACCGCAAGUUGAGCAAAAAUCAGAAAGAGCGUGCUGUGCUCAAACGUUGCGUCAAGAUCGAGGAGCACAACUUUGGUCGAAACGACUUGAAAUUGUCUAAGACUUUGUUCGACCUCGGGCUUGCAUGCAGAGAUUGGCAUGAAGGUAGUAAGGUCGAUAGUGAACGCAAAAAGGCACUGGAUCAGGCUUUUGCGGCUUUGGAUCGUUGUCACGACAUUCAUCAGCAUCUGGAUCGUGGAGAAGUGACAGAGGCUUUGAUAGAAGAGACUAAGGCUUUGAAAGAAGAGACUCUGUCUGAAUUGGGCCAAGUGUGCCGAGAAUCAAAAAAUCUACAGCGAGCACAGGAGUUGCUUGAAGACUGCCUCACACUCAGGAAAAUCCGAGGUGACAGGCGCAAGAUGAGCAAAUGCUUGUUUCAUUUGGCGGAUGUGCACGCUGACCUGGGCAAUUGCACAGAGGCAGGUGCACUUUAUAAAACAUGCUUGGAGAUCGUGCGGGCCUUGCAGCUGGAGCUGAAGGGGAUUGCCGACCCUGAGCUUGAUGAGAUUGUGGAAGCGGCGGAGCACAAUGCGAAGCUGCUACGGAGUGCUACAUAAGAGCGAAAGAGACCUGCUUUGUCAACAAGGAAAUGAGAGAUUGCGUCGGCUUCACAAUGCUGUUCAGAAUGGCGCCAACAGUGCGCCGGUUGACCUCCGUUUCAUC